AUGGAGUCCUACCACCGCAACCGCCCUCGACAUGUCGCCAUGAGAGACGACCGCAGAUCAGGCGAUGAGCGCAGAGACCGAGGCAGAGCUGGUCGAGAAGUGACACGCUCCCGCAGAUCUCCUUCGCCUCCACCACGUCGACCUCGAGAAUCAGACAGAUUGCCAGACAGCAAACCGCGCGAACCCCCUCCCGACAAGUCGCAGCCUUCUGGCCGAAGCCACCAUAGAACACGCGAACGUAGCAGAGAGCGACCUCGUCGAGCAUCGCCGUCGCCUUCCCGUCGCGACAAGUACAGGGAAGACUCUCGUGAUCGAUCUCGUGGCAGGGCCACUGGGGAGUCGCGGCGCGAAUCCCGAGCCAAGCACCCGCGAGAUCGCAGUCGAGGAGCACAGCGAGGUGACGGCGCCGCGUCUCCAUCUUCGAAGCGAUUAAGGAGUCGAAGUCUUGACAGGAGUGCCACGGAGAGAAAGAAGCCCAGACGAGAUAACAGCCCGCGUCGUGAUCACCGCGAAGCAGCCCCCGGAGACGCUGGUCGAAGUGCACGAGGCUCGCCACGUCCCUCUCGACGGUCACCCAGUCCCGACCGCCGCGAAUACCGGUCAAAGCCCAAGGAAAGAAGUCGGCGAAGGCAUCGAAGCAGGACUCGCUCGCCUGAAAGAGAGAAACGAAGAGAUCGUCGUGAUCGCUCUACGUCACGCCGCCGUGAGCAGUCUCCUGGUCGAAGGAGAGAUCGAUCUCCGCUGCCGCAUCGUCAAAGGUCACCAGCGAGACCUCCCUCCACAUCCACAAGAAGUGACCGUCGCCCGGCAUCACCGCGACGCAGCUCCAGAGAUAGGCAGCGUAGAAGGCUGUCCCAGUCCCGUGCCUCCACUCGAUCCCUUAGUAGGGGGUCUGGUAGACGAGGGCAACAAGGCGACGAAUCCCGAGUUACUUCCAAGUCUCAACCGUCCUCUGGUGCCAACAGCGUGGAGGUCAGCAUGAGUGGCAGAGGGAAUCAUCGGGGGGGCUUUGUCUCUCAGGGGCCGCCUGCGUUCGCCCACGGCCAACAGUACAGCGACCCACGACAGUUUUCUCAAUCCCCGCAACCAACCCCCAAUUCAUACAACGGAUCCCCAAACCAGUCACCAUACGGUGCUGGCAGGGGAAACUGGGGUUCUCAAUUUUCUCCAACGCAUCAAUACCCCCCUCAGUAUCCGCAGUCCAACUAUGGUCCUCCCACCGGACCGUCGGGCGCUUAUACACCAAAUCCCUCCUACUCGCCACCGCCAUCCGCCCCGACAGGACCUAUGCACACGAACUAUUCUCAUCCCAAUUAUCGAGGCAACUUCCGUGGGGGACUUCGGACCCCACUCGGACCUGGUCGAGGCGGCUACAGAGGCAACAGCUUCAAGAGUGCUAGCACUGCACAAUGGACAUCCAACACCUCGGGAACCGGCUCUCGGGCCGAUGACAUCAAGUCCCAUCACUCUGCAACGCCUGCUCAGAGUAGCAAGUCCGAUGUUGGCGACAAUGCAGAGGACGGCGAGAACCCGUUCCGCCCAUCCAAGGACAUGCAGGUCGAAGAUACCACACCGUCUGACAAGGCUCCCGAGAGCAAUGCUCAGCGACCCGAAAAGGCUCCCCCUUCUGGGCCGGCUGCCCAGUCGGCCUCAUCUUCGUCGUCGAAGUUCAGCUUUGCGUUUAAGGCAUCUGCAAAGCCCACUCCGACGGCCCCCAAGCCUGAGAUUUCUCAAAAGUUCAACGCUCCUGCAAAGCGGGAUACCUCACAGCAGGAUGACUCCAAGGAUCGGGAUCGCGAACGAGAUCGUGAACGGGAGCGUGACCGAGACCGAGACCGAGGAAGAGACAGAGAUCGCGAACGUGAUCGCGACCGCGACCAUGGUCGUGAUCGAGAACGCGAUAGGGCCCGCGAGAAGGACAAGCAGAUUGACAAGGACAUUCUUCGGAGUGCCCCGACCGAACCGGCGUCGGCGAGGGCCCGCCAGGAUCCCAGGCAACCACCUCCGGGGCCCCGACAGGCCACCGCUCCGAGAACACGCAAGAUCAAGAAGACGAUGAAGCGCCUGAAACCAGGACCGAAACUUCCGGACGAUCUCAUCAAGUCAGAGUCUGUCUAUUUCCGCAAACCCGGUAACGAGUCCGUCGUAGGCUCAGGCACGUACGGCAAGGUUUUCAAGGCUUUGCACGUCUACACGAAAGGACUUGUUGCGCUUAAGCGUAUCCGCAUGGAGGGUGAGAGAGACGGAUUCCCCGUUACGGCGGUCCGCGAGAUCAAGCUUCUCCAGUCACUGCGGCAUACAAACAUUGUCCAGCUCCAGGAGGUCAUGGUGGAACGGAACGAUUGUUUCAUGGUUUUCGAAUACCUGUCACACGACCUGACAGGCAUCUUGAAUCAUCCAUCCUUCACGCUUGACGCGGCCCAGAAGAAGCACAUGACGAUGCAACUUUUUGAUGGACUCGAUUAUUUGCACAAGAGAGGCGUUCUUCACCGAGACAUCAAAGCUGCCAACAUCCUCGUUAGCAGUGACGGCGUUUUGAAGCUGGCAGAUUUCGGUCUGGCUCGCUUCUACGCCAAAAGACACCAGUUGGACUACACUAACCGAGUCAUCACCAUUUGGUAUCGCUCGCCAGAAUUGCUUCUUGGUGAGACGCAGUACGGCCCCGCUUGCGAUGUCUGGAGUGCCGCCUGCGUCAUGGUUGAGAUCUUUACCCGCCAUGCCAUCUUCCCAGGUGAUGGAAGUGAGAUCAACCAGUUGGAUAAAAUCUACGCCGUGAUGGGAACCCCGAACAAGGCAGAGUGGCCAGGCCUGAUCGAUAUGCCGUGGUUCGAACUGCUGCGCCCCGGGUACCGGCGGGCGAACACCUUUCCCCAGAAGUACCAGGACAGGCUGCCCGCAUCCGCAUACCGACUCUUGGCCGCCAUGUUUGCAUACGACCCCGCAAAGAGACCGUCGGCCGCCGAGGUACUUGCAGAUGAGUACUUUACCACCGAGGACCCGCCUCCGCAACAGGCCGUGGAGCUUGCUGACUUGGACGGCGACUGGCACGAGUUUGAGUCAAAGGCGCUCCGACGAGAGAACGAGCGGAAAGAAAAGGAAGCGCGUCGGGCGGCGGCAUCGGCCAAGGACAGCGGCACCAACAGCAACAGCAGCAACAACAACAAGCCCCGGGACCGUAAGAGGGAACCCGAGGCUCACGACGACCGUGGCGACGCUAAGAGGGUCCACGUGGAGACGAAGCCGGCGGUUGCUGUCGAGCGUCCCAGGGCCUAG